GCUUCUUUUUACUGCUUAUAGCUCUUUGAAUUCUGUUGUACUGAAUUUUAUUUUCAGCUCGGUUCUWACAGAAAACGAAAUAAUCUUAACUGUUUUAGCUAAUUGGGACGYAAGAGGUUGGAAAGUGUUAAGUGAUUCAAUUAUAAAUUAAUGAUCGUAUGGAGCAACCUGCAGUGAUAAAUAGCUGCUUUACAAACAACGACGAAUGCUGGUUACUCAUCCAAAAACAUUUCGAUUUAUUUGCGCAAAUAUCGACGUAACUUUGCUGUAUUUAAAGUGUGUGGAGACUCCGUGGAGGACGUCAAAUCAGUACUAAUACGUAAGCUGAUAAAGAAGGCGGAAAUCUCAUCUUGACGGUCGAGGAGAUUCGACGUUCUUCGUAAACUGGAAGAGAGAUCAUAGGGUUUUACAAAAUUACUCAAUAUAGCGACUUAGCUGUUUUGAAGAGCGAUCUUUACMUGCUAUUAAAUCUGGCUUGGUGCUUCCCACACAGAAAAGACAUUAAUCACAUCAAAAGCAUAUUUGAAAAGUUAAUUUACCAAGGUUCUAAAAGUGCCGAAAAAGCCGGUUGCUUCUACUUGGCAAAAACUAUUGAAUAGAUGCGAAGAAUGGCGUAAUUUAUAUGUAAAGAAACAAUUGGAUAGCAGAUUUCUACCGAUAACAAGAACAUUAACGAGUCGACUUGUAAACACUGAGUCGGUCUUUUCUUUUCUAGCAGUAUCGUAUUGAAUUGAUGUAAAAACAAAAUCYGUUGCCUAUCUUAUGCAAAGAAAGACUUGUAAAAGAUUAAUGAAUACAUUAUUAGAUGUCGAAACGGAUAUUGGAAGGACUACAUGGAAAUCUCUUCUAGAAGAAGGUGAUACAAGGAAAAGAUAAGACUAAAACUCGAAAAAAUAACAUCAAUUCAAAAUUCAGCAAUUCAAGCACUUGUAGGAUACAGUACACCAAGUGACACGGUCGACUACAAGAACUAAAUCAUUCUAAUUGUCAGUUCCUGAGAGUCUUCGUCCAAAACUAAAAAAAGUCAUUAAAGGUUUAUCUUGAUGAAGUAAGCCUUCAGUUGAAACAGCAAGAAAAACAAUGACGCAAAUGAGUGUUUUUUUGUGUUAUGGUUGAAAGUGAAAGACUUUACUAACGGUUUUCUUUCGAAACUAAAGAUCAUAUUUACAAACCAAACUGCUGCAGUAAAAACUCAACUACCAAUAAUUGUAGUUGCCAACACAUCUGUAUUUACAGUAGAUUAUCAACUCCACUGAAGGGAACGAAGAAACUGCUACUUUAAUAUUUCAUUWAAAAAAAACGAGAAAGAAAGAAGCUUUACUAAAAGUGAUACAAUGAAUAACACAACUGUAUUUUGUGACGGCGUCAAUGUACAAGAAACAUUGGGUUAUGUUAUCAUAUUUACGACAUCGAUACUUGGAAAUACAAUGGUYAUAAUGGUUGUUAAGCGAAAUAUGGGAGGCAAACUACGCUCUGUGAGUUACUWCUUCAUAUUUAGUCUUGCUGUGGCUGACUUGGUAAUGACGAUUGGUAAUGUCCCUGAGCGAAUAACAAGAUCAAUAACCUGUGAUACCUGGAUCAUACCAGGUACACUAGGGAUAGCGAUUUGUAAAAUUGUAAACUUUGUAGAGAAAAUGGCGAUGAUUGUCUCUGUGUCAAGUCUUGCCMCUGUUGCUGUGGAUCGAUUUCUAAAUGUUUUCUUMCCUCAUCGYAUUAUCAUCACGYCGCGUCGGUGUUUUGUAGUGAUMGGAGUGAUUUGGUUCUUUUCUGCCUUCUACUGCCUACCUAUUUUAGUAUAUGGUAAUCUACUACARAAAAAUGGACAACUUUUAUGCAAGACGAGGGUUUUCUUCCCUCGCUGGACGCUGUGGUUUUUACCAUUUCUGGUUAUACUAUUUGUGUCUUUGUUCUUUGUUUUUGUUCUUUAUUUUGCUAUUUGUGUGAAACUAUGUAUUCGUAAAGUUCCUGGUACGCGAGACAGUAUCUCUGGCAACCAAUCCUCAUCUGUAGUUCAAGGAGUUAUCAACCGUAAAGUGGCAAAGAUGGUUGCAGCGAUAGUGAUWGCKUUUUACGUGUGCUUCUUGCCGUACUGGCUGAGCUGGAUCUUCUGCAGCUAUCAUUUUACACCGCUUAUUUGCAACCCGACUUACUCUUCCAUAUCUGUUUUCCUUUCCUAUGCAAAUAUAUCCCUUAAUCCAAUAAUCUAUGUCACUUUUAGUGAAAACUUUCGCGAAGGAUUUAAYUCACUUUUCCGUAGAUUUUGCGUAAGGCGGAAAAGYGCMCGCYUUCAUCCGACGCGACCUCGCGUUAAUCAYUUUUUGGCGGGAAUUGGCGUGCGUACGGCUGCAUUGUACGAACCAAGCGUGCUGGAAGUAAAUAUGGAGCCAUACAGGGUAAAAUGUAAUAAGAAUCGAGCAAAUACACAGUGAGAUYUUGAUUGCAAUGCAGAUGAAACUCCAGGYAAAAUGUACCAUCGGAAGAGCAGGAAAAUUGAUAAAUACAACACAAACUUAAUCUCAAGAAGGUGGCACUCCAAAGUGUAUUAACACUACUAAACUUUAUGUAGAUAAUGGAGACGAACGAGUCCUUUUUAAUUAUAAUGUUAAUUAUAAUUGUAGAUUGUCAGUGACACUCUUAUGUGAAUCAAUUGUCUUCAGCAGUAGUAGUCAGUAUAGACUAUAAACUUUUUCUUGCGCAACUCAUUAGUGGUUAACCGAUUAUAAGUUCAAAUGAACACUCUUAGCUAAUGAGACUUGCUGUCAUCAACUGUAAUCCUCUUAUAAGAUGCUCUAAGAAUAAUUCAGUAAUCUGUAACAUAGAAUUAGACUUAUCUUUUCGUUUUACUUUUUAUUCAUUUGAGGGAUUUCCUCACACCUAGAAUGUCGAAAAAUAAAAUGACGUCUUUUUCAGUUGA